ACUUCCGCUUGCUUCUCCUCUCAUUUCCUUUUGAUAUAUAAUGUAGCUGUUGAUCAGCUGAUUUUGGUGAUUUGGAGAUAGAAAAGCCGGUCGUAUCGUUAUGGUUUUAGGUGGAAAACUCGUAUACAUUUCUUAUUCACUGUGAAUAUUACUUCUUUGUUCGUUAUUUAUCACAAAUAAUAAAGCGCCAUUGGGAAUUUCAACGAACAUUUGAAAUUAUUUAUUUUUCUUACAAAAUUCAUUCAAAAUGACAGAAGAGCUUGAUCCCGUUGUAAAUGAACGUUUAGGCAAAGUUAGAGAAGUCGGUAAUCAAGCAAUUUGGAGUUUGUCAUCUUGCAAGCCAGGUUUUGGAGUUGAGCAACUUCGUGAUGAUCGAAAUGAUACCUAUUGGCAAUCGGAUGGGCAACUUCCACAUUUAGUUAAUAUACAAUUCCAAAGAAAAACCACAAUAAGCGACAUUUACAUUUAUACAGAUUAUAAAUUAGAUGAAAGUUACACUCCUAGUCGUAUUUCAAUUAGAGUUGGUACCCAUUUCAAUGAUUUACAGGAAGUCGAAGUAAAAAUGUUAUCAGAACCUUCAGGGUGGGUUCAUAUUCCUAUAAAAGACAUUCGUGACAAACCUAUAAGGGUGUUUAUGAUACAAAUUGCUGUAACUAGCAAUCACCAAAAUGGUCGUGAUACGCACAUGAGACAAAUUAAAAUCCAUAGCCCAGUUGAAGGAUUGGGAAUCGCCAUGGACAAUUUUGCUAAAUUUUCUAGUGUGGCUUGCCAACAAUACGCUACUAUAAGAUGAAAAUUUAUAAAAAUAGAAUGUAAAUUUUGUUUGUUUUUACAAAUAUACUUAAGCAUCUUUUAAAAUAAUCAUUUGUAUAAGUUUGUUAACAAGUGGAAGCUUGUGAAGUUUGAAAAGGUCAUGAUUAUGAUGAAAACCGGUCUGCAUUAUUUUUGUAAUAAAAAUUAAUGUUAAUAAAGAAAGUGUAUCAAUUUA